AUGAGUGUGGCUCCACUGACAAAGUAUAACCUUUCCAAGCUUAGAACCGCGUGCCUGACAAUCAUGUGUUUGACUCUAAUGAACAGUGCUCUCGCAAACAGAACUGCUCAUCUCCGCUACGUAAUCAGUGAGGAGGUGCCUGUGCAAACUCUUGUUGGCAACAUCAUCUCCGACAACAACUGGUUGAAACAGCUCCGCAGCAAUGUCAACAAGACAGGCACCGGGGACUUGCAUUGUUCUUGGUUCAGUUCCGGACCGACCGAACUGUUCAAACUUGAACCGCAGACUGGUAAAUUGUACACACAUACUCGACUGGAUCGUGAAACAUUGUGUCUUACCGGUGGUUCAUCCAACAGGGCUGAGAAGGACAGCUGUUUUCUGGAAUUUGCUGCCGUAUGCAGGUCGGCGGAUUCGACCAAUGAAAACUGGGUUUCCAUACUAAUCGAAGUCAAAGAUAUCGACGACAACGGUCCGGUGUUCUUGGAACGACUAUCCAGCAGCUGGACUGGUGCACAAACGCUCCGGAUUAGCGAAGAUGUCCCUGUGGGAUUUAGGCACCCCCUGCCUGCAGCCUAUGAUCCGGAUGUGGGGAUCAACGCACAGGUGUCUUACAGUCUUGAGAAUAAUUCAACACUUGUUGGUAGUAGUACAUCUAGUCCAUUUGGUAUUGAAGCCAAUUCAGCAAACGUCUAUCUCGUUGUGAAACACGCUCUGGACUACGAGAAAGAUAAGAUGUAUCCCCUGAAUUUGAGAGCAUGUGGUCGGAAACUAACUCGAAUGAAAUGUGAUAUCCUUCCUUUACACGUAUUGAUUCAAGAUGUCAACGACAACCCACCGGUUAUUGUAUAUCCCCCGAAACCCAAUCACAUUAUCACGGUGUCUGAAGCCACUCCGAUUGGCGCCCUCCUGAUUAAAGUCGAAGCCACUGAUGAAGACACCACGGAGGCCGGUCGAAUCACCUAUAGUCUGCUUGACUCGCCCAGGCGACGUCUGGACUCCGUUGAAGACGGAAAGUUCCUUCCCUCAUCAACCGAAAGCCAUCUAUCUCCUUUCAAAAUCGAUCCAGACAGCGGUGAACUUCGCCUCACUCGGACGCUGCCUGCCAGCAAUCCAACUGCCCUGGAUACCAUCAUUCUUGCUUCAGAUAACGGGGUUCCAAGAAGAACUGCCUCCAUGCGUCUGACAGUCCAAAUUGCCGAUACAAACAACCACGCUCCGGAGAUUGAAGUGAAGCGAACCGGGUGCCAGCGAACCAAUCUAGAUCCGACUGAGCUGACUGUCCCGUAUGCGGUGGAAUCUGGUGCUCACCUCUGCCUAUUCAUUGUUUCCGAUGCUGACCUCGGUCAGAACGCCCAGGUGGAUUGUCAGAUUCAAGCAGGCAACGAUGAGCUUGAGAGAGCGUUCAAUCUGCGAUUCGCCCUGGUCAGUACAGGACUGGUUUCAGGAAAACAGUUGUUUAUGCUCCAAGCUGAUCGACCACUCACCACUAUGGGGACAUCCCUUGAUUCCCUUGAGAAAAAGCAUCCGGUUGGUACACUCGUGAUUGCGUGCAACGAUCAGGGAGAACCUUAUCGCUUGACCUCAUCGAUUCAGCUAAAGAUCAAACUGACAGAUACUACUGAAAUGUGCUUUGAACAAACACUUUAUCAGUUGACGUUAGAAGAAACAGCUGAACCGAUAAAUGACCUUGUUCGACCACAAUUACAAGAUAUCACACAGCGAGUCCGUUAUGAAUGGAAGACCACACCGAAUCCCGCCCCUCCAGAUGAAUCUUACACAGCUUCGGAUGAAGGAUGCAAGCAGCUGUUUGUAGACACAGAGACGGGUGCGAUCGCCGCUCCCUAUGGCCUGGAUCGAGAGAUCGCGCCUCUCCUUCGUUGUACUCUUCAAGCAACCGAAACAGACGGUGAUCGUUUGGUGUUUUCCGCGACGGCGGACAUUCACAUCACCGUGACAGACAUCAACGAUAACUCCCCAAAACUGACUCCUAGUCUGCUUCACAAAGGAUUCUCCGUCAUUGAAUGGGAUAGCUACUCCGAGAUAUACACGGAUCAGCUGGUGUAUCCUCAAAAGAUCGGCGCAGUCACUGCGGAAGAUCCGGAUGCUGGGGAGAAUGGGACCGUGAUAUUUCGACUGGACAGCGUUACGGCAGAGCGAGCGUUCUCAUCCGCGCCGUCACUACGGCCGUUGUCAGUGUUGUUAGGGCACGACGCGGAUGUGAUUGAAAUACCUUUACCAAACUUCCGAUUAGAUCCAACUACCGGACAGGUAACACUCCCUAGAGAACACCACCGGCUAAUUGACCGAGAACUGGUUUCCGCCUACUUGCUCCGUAUCUCGCUGGAGGACUGUGGAAAAGUGGAGAGACGUAGAAGCCUUCAAGAAAUUCGAGUAAGCGUUUUGGACGUCAACGACAACCCCCCAAGAUGGCACACACAAAGCGGUCGACAAGAAUUUGGUGAACCCGUUGCUCUGCAACCCUUGUGGACUGCAGUUCCUGGAGCUGUGUCUGAGUUGAUCACUGACUUGAAAGCGUCGGAUGCAGAUCAAGGAGAGAAUGGCAAACUCUCUUUUGCUCAACUCGGUUGGGAAAAACUACCAAAGUUUGUGACUCAAGGUAGAUCUCCACUACCUGUGCGCGCGUUUCACCUUUACGAUAGCGGAAGAGUAAGACUGUGGACGUCAUAUUUGAGCAUGACUCAAGAAUAUGUUUUUGGUGUAAUCGUACACGAUCAUGGAACUGCGCGAAAACUGCAAACUUCUGGAUAUGUUGUCGUCAAACAAAGCGGACUGAUUCCAAACGUGAACAACACGCCAAUGUCUCCAUCUUCGACUACCGAUCAGAAACGAGUUCAUUUUGCAACCCAGAAAGGGCAUGGCUCUUUCCCCUGGAUCGCGUUCUCCCCCGAUCGAUUUAAAACUAUAAUUAUACUACUAGCUUGUCUUGGAGUUGUAUCAGUUGCGGCUGGUGCAGCCAUUAUAUUUGCGUUGAGCCGGAAUCGAUCGAGAAACAAGGGGCAAGACUCACAAAGAUUGCAAAAGGUAACACCACAACUGAGGCCAGAUGACUCGUUGAUGAAGACGCAUCUCCUCGACCAACCGCCUGUAAUGGCAUUGAUUGGUGGUGAUUACUUUUCAGACGUCACACGGAACGGCUGUGACCACGCUGCUCCCGCACUUGUAAAUCAUACGUCCUACUCUCCAGUUCUGUUGGGAGAUGCAACUACUCCAGGAACCUUUUCGCUAUCGUCCGUAUUAUCCACCGCUCAGAAGUUGCCGUUUCCCAGUCAAUGGAAUAGCAAGAUGUCAUACGGUCCCACACAAAACGACAUCAUUCGUUAUGGAUAG